AUGGAUCCCGAUUUUAAUCCAAUGUCAUGUCCUCCUGUGCCUGUGAAUCAACACGAAAGAUUCAAACAAUAUCGUCGAAGAAAAAUCAUUCUUAUCAUCCUCAUAUCAAUAACAGUGUUAUCCAUGUUAUUAAUUGUGAUUAUACCAUGUGUUUAUAUAUUUGUUAUUAAACCACGAGGAAUCAAUCCAUUUCAAUCUUCCACCUCAUUUACUACCGCAUCAUCAACAAUAAUAAACCAUAAAGAACCGGUAUGCGUUCAUCGUCAAUUUGGUAUAAUAACACCGGAUAUACUCUACUCGUUCGAUUGUUUAAAUGUCACUGAUGAUAUCUCUGGAACAUACAAUGGUUUUCCUGCUGCCAUGUCCCAAACUGAAUUAGAUAAUGAAACCUUACAAAGGAUACUACCCAGUUAUGUCACGCCUGACUAUUCUGGCCAGGGAGCUGCCUUAAAACUGAACUCAUCGAUUCCUUAUCAAUACAUCGAACUUGAGCAUUCACCAAAACUUGCUAAUCAGACGUUUACUAUUAGUGCAUGGGUUAAACCUGAUCUUUCUGCACUUUCACUUGCUGUUAUAUUAGCUCAAAGGUACAAGAAUGGAGGUAAUAAUUUUUUUGCUGUUGGAAUUAUUGAUAGGCGUCCUCGAAUACGCGUCUAUAACACAUUUACUGAAACAUCUGUUCAAUUGAAAAACUCUCAAUGGCAAUAUGUCACAUAUACCUUUAGUCAAAGUGACUUAUCAAUGGCCAUCCGUAUUGAUGGAUUACUCAAAGCAUAUGGCACAAUUGCUUCCCCUCAAUAUGGAGAAUCUCAAAUUGAAACGACAACCAUUGGAAGCGCCGCUGAAUUUAAUCGAUACAAUGGUCUAAUAGAUCAACUAUCAAUAGCAUAUCGUGUUAAAAACAGAGUGGAUAUACUUGAUGAAGCAACUCUUGUUAUUUGGUAUCGUUUCGAAGGCGACAUCGCGAAUAAUGAUAGUUUAUUGAACGAUUCAAGUGCAAAUUGUAUUCGUGCAAAAGGAGCAAAUCUUAGUCGUGUUGUUGAUAGCAGACGUACAGGACAAGGUACUCUUCUUCUCAACGAUUCUUCAUUAUCUUAUUUUCAAUCAUCGGGUUUUGCUCUUCUCUACACUCAUAAUUAUACAUAUUCAUAUGCAUUUUGGAUUUCUAUUUCAAAUGCUUCUUCAAAUCUUACAUUACUACAUAUAACUAUGAAUGACGAAAUCUCCUCAUCGAAUAGCAUUAGUACUUGUUUGGCAAUGUUAAUUAUUGAUAAAAUCGAUCCAUUAAACAAUACAAUGCAAUUAUCGAUAUACACUUAUGGACCUCAAGGACAAAAUCUGAUUAGAUCAAAUGUAAUGAUGCAACAAUCGACUUGGUAUCACAUUGCAGUGAUAUCGACAUCAAACAAUUUCGAUUUGUAUCUAAAUGCAGUGCUUGUCGGUUCUUUGAAUACUUCGAAUACUUUUCAAAUAAACAAUGAACAACGUUUAUCGCUAACGAUUGGUAAUCCUUCCAAUGAAUCAAUUCAAAAUCAAUCAUAUUCAUUGAUGUGUCAUCUCAAUCAAAAACAAAUCUUCUCACGUGGAAGUUCCAUUGCUAUUGAUGAACUUCGAUUUUAUGCAAGACAAUUAAAGCCGAAAGAAAUUCAAGCCCUUACCGACGAUGUAUAUUCUCCAUCAAGCUGGUUUUAUGGUGAAAACGAUAAUUUGCUCUAA